AAGACCACACGGAUCGUUCACUUUACCGGCGUCUGUGCUCAAGAGGCUGCGGUCCAUGAGUGCGGAGUCUCCCUGUCCAACAGCGGUUAACCGGGCGGCAUUCUGAGUGUUUAUCCUCGCAGAAAUGUUGUGUUUGAGCGGGUUGUCGGUGGCCCUCGCCCUCGCUCUCGUGCCGGGUCCCUCCGAAGCCUUGAAGGAAGGAGACUGUGAAGUGUGCGUGACUUUCCUGGGGAAGUUUUAUCAGUCGCUGAAGGACAGUGAUGUAAAGUUUAACAGCGCAGACAUCGAGAAGGCGCUCACGGCGAGCUGCAAAGACGCCAAAGGCAAAGAAAAUCGCUUUUGUUACUACAUCGGUGCAACGAGUGACGCGGCAACCAAGAUGAUCAAUGAGGUUUCCAAACCGCUCAGCUACCACGUCCCCGUGGAGAAGAUCUGCGAGAAGCUCAAGAAGAAGGACGGCCAGAUCUGCGAGCUGAAAUACGAUAAACAGUUGGACCUGACCUCAGUGGACCUGAAAAAGCUUAAAGUGAAGGACCUGAAGAAGAUCCUGGAGGAGUGGGGCGAAUCGUGCAAGGGCUGCGCUGAAAAGUCCGACUUCAUCCGCAAAAUCACAGAGCUGAUGCCCAAGUACGCGCCGGCUGCCGCCAAAGCACGGACAGACCUGUAAAAACAUAAAUAUAUGGACUCUGAUCAGACUGCAAUCCAGCGCAGAGAGGAAGGCGGACCGGGAGUUUUGUUGGGCAUGUUUGUUUUGUUUUUUUUAAUAUUUGAAGAGGCAGUAUCAGAAGUAUAGAUGUUAGCGUAGUCCUGAUCUGUACUUCUAAGUGAGGGAGAGCCAGCAGCAGUAGUUAAUACAUUUCACAGUGACUGCCUAAAUAAGACUGUUUCCUCCAGUUUUUUUUUCACCACAUUGACUCGGACGUUUAUAAAUUCUAAGUGUGUGCGACUCUGAGCCGCGAUGAGGGAAAUCCAAACAGUAAGAGGAGCUGGGAGUGACCGAGGAGCCAAACAUGGAGAAAUCUGUAACGAGGGGAGACACGGUUCGCCUUUGUUCCUCCGUGUUAUCUGUACAUUCAUGUGAAGAUUAAAACAGGAGCUGCUGACGGAGAAUUCAACUACUAUUCAUUUGUCUAAAUGUUAAAAAAUAAUAAAUCCAGGCUAAAAUAAGAUGAUUGGGUUUGGAUCUCCUGAUCGCUGUCCAUCGUAUUGGUUCCCAAACAGGUGCGCACAGCCUUUAAAUUGGGGGAAAAAUACUCACACGAAUCAGAAAAGAUACCAGAACUAGGCUCAUGUGGAGGAGAGGAGGAGAACACGGGGAGAUGUCACCUGGAAGUUUUCCUGAGGAGGAGAUGUUUAAAGUUUGUGGUCAGAGAAGCUGCUCCCACAGAUCCCCUCUGACAUGAGCUCCGCUGUUUCCACGGUGACUGCCGGACGGGUGGAUGUCGCUGAGACUUGUGGGUGAUCCUGACAUACUGAGUGUUCGUUCAGCUCCACCCUGCCGUGAUCUGUUUCAGUAAAGCUGCAGUUAGUCUUUCUGUCCUCGUUAGAUUGAAGGUCUCUGCACGAUCGUCCCGUCUCACCUGUGAACGUCUCGUCCAGUGAGAAAGCUCCGCCUCCCUCAGGUUAAAAUAACGGUUCAGGCCCCUCCGUCAUCCACCGUCCUCUACCAUCCUCUCUGGUUUUAAGUACAGAAAAACCCCGGAACGUUCCCACUUCCACUGUUUGGAUCAUUUGUGCUUGCCGCUCGGGUUUGUUAGGAUUUACGAGUGGCCUCAGGUCGAGUGCGGUGCUGGACUUCACAGCUCUUGGAGAAAGAUUAGCACAAAACUUCAAACCACCGAUGACAAGUGUGGGUGACUGUCAGCAAAGCAGGAAACAUUUUAUUUAGGAUAAUAUUUGAGGGUUUUUUUUCUCUUCAAUUUCUAAUAAAUAAAUACAGUUUCUGGCUUUUUUACAUCCACGUUAGAUGUUUAAAUCCACCCGAGCUCCUCCCAAACAGUGCUGGAGUCACUCAAAUGUCAAAAAGUCAUUUUUGAUGUCA